CUUAGAGACUAGUGCUAGACCACUGUGUUGUGCAGGAACAGGCACGACAUAGCUGAAAACCGCCAGCGGAACAAAUGAAAACGAAAACUACUCUUUCAUGUGGAUUAAUUCAGGGGCGAGACACUCUGUCGAAGCGAGAAGCUCUUUAAGCGAAUUGGGACCGACUGACGAGGAUUGGGACAUUAGCUACUGUACGAUAACACCGCCGAAUGGUUUCUCUUGCCCCGCCGCUAAGGUUGCUGGCUAAGAGGAACAGCCAAUAAUGCACGGCAUCUGCUCUGCAGCCACACCCACUUCCUGCCUGUAGAGGAAGCGGCUGUGCCAGCAUGUCCUCUCAUCCCCAGUCUGUGCCGCCGGGUCGAAGGGCUGUGGAUACACGGCACCUGCCAAACCCUGCCAGUUUACCACUGCAGCUGCAACGGGCGCACACGGAAGUGGGACUGGUUGACUACCACUCUCACCAUGCCAGGGACUACAGCUCCCACCUGGCCCAGCCCCAUCGCCGUCGGCCCUCCUUACUUUCAGAGUUUCAGCCUGGGAAUGAGAGAGGACAAGAGCAGCAUAUCCGCUAUGAUCACAUCUACCUGCAAGAGCCCAGCGGCCAAUCGGAGGUGGAAUAUGCAGAGAUCAAAAGGCCUCGUUUAGAAAUGGGACCAGAGUCUCUAAUGAGGCCCUCAUCCCACCGGCCUCAACUGCCUCUGGGAGGGGCUGAGGAUAUGGCAAAGGACCGUGGAAGUGCCAUGGGGAAGCUGGAGCCAAUCUCUCCUGUGAGCCCGGUUCAUAUGGACCCUGACUUGGAUCUGGUGCCGGCUCGCUUCUCCAAGGAAGAGCUGAUCCAGAACAUGGACCGCGUGGACAGGGAGAUCACCAUGGUGGAGCAGCAGAUCUGCAAGCUUCGCAAGAAACAGCAACAGCUGGAGGAGGAGGCUGCAAAGCCACAUGAGCCAGAGCGGCCCAUCUCACCACCACCCAGCGAGGCCAAGCAUCGCAGCCUGGUGCAAAUCAUCUAUGAUGAGAACAGGAAAAAGGCAGAGGAGGCUCACAGGAUACUGGAGGGACUGGGACCCAGGGUAGAAUUGCCUCUGUACAAUCAGCCUUCUGAUACCAAGCAGUACCAUGAGAACAUCAAAAUAAACCAGGCGAUGAGGAAGAAGCUCAUCUUGUACUUCAAGAGGAGAAAUCAUGCUCGUAAGCAGUGGGAACAGAAGUUUUGUCAGCGCUAUGACCAGCUGAUGGAAGCCUGGGAGAAAAAGGUGGAGCGCAUUGAAAACAACCCGCGGCGCCGAGCCAAGGAGAGCAAGGUGCGGGAGUACUACGAGAAACAGUUCCCAGAGAUCCGCAAGCAGAGAGAGCUGCAGGAGCGUAUGCAGAGCCGUGUCGGGCAGAGAGGAGGUGGGCUGACCUCGUCUGCAGCUCGCAGUGAACAUGAGGUCUCCGAGAUCAUUGAUGGAAUAUCAGAGCACGAGGUAGGAAGGAGAGGAUGGAGAAAGCAACAGUGGAGAGGUCAAGUGGGAAAUUGUCGGGGAAAAGAAGAGCAUGCAGUGAUCCCAAUAAAAAACACUGAGAAGCAAAUGCGUCAGCUAGCGGUCAUCCCUCCCAUGCUGUUUGACGCUGAGCAGCAACGCAUCAAGUUCAUCAACAUGAAUGGAUUGAUGGAUGACCCCAUGAAGGUGUACAAGGACCGGCAGGUUAUGAACAUGUGGAGCGAGCAGGAGAAGGACACUUUCAGAGAGAAGUUCAUCCAGCACCCCAAAAACUUUGGUCUGAUAGCGUCUUUUCUGGAGAGAAAGACGGUGGCAGAGUGUGUGCUGUUCUACUACCUGACCAAAAAGAAUGAAAAUUACAAGAACAUAGUGCGGAGGAACUACAGACGCAGAGGAAGAAGCCAGCACGGCCAGCAGCAGCAGCAACAGCAGCAACAAGUGCAGCGGGGCAGCCAGGAAGACAAGGAGAAGGAGGAGAAAGAGAAGGAGGGAGAGAGGGAUGAAGAAAAAAAUGAAGCCGAAGACAAGGAGGAUGGAAUGAAGGACGACACCUCUGGAGAAGAUGCAGAGGACAAAGAGCCCGCUGUGGCUUUCAAGGGUCGACGCACAGCCAACAGCCAGGGGCGCCGCAAGGGCCGCAUCACCCGCUCGAUGACCAGUGAAGUGGAGGAGACCACCACGCCGCCACUCAACAAUGAGCUUGCCAAUCUGGAGAUGAAUGAGAGCUCUCGCUGGACUGAAGAAGAGAUGGAAACUGCCAAAAAAGGCCUUCUCCAGUAUGGUAGGAAUUGGUCCGCCAUCGCCAAGAUGGUGGGAUCGAAAACCGUGUCACAGUGCAAGAACUUCUACUUCAACUACAAAAAGAGGCAGAAACUGGAUGAGAUUCUGCAGCAGCAUAAAAUGAAAUCGGAGAAGGAGCGAAAGGCCCGCCGAAGGGGCAAAGCCCUGCAGAAUGAAGAGACCAGUGCCCCGUAUACAGCAGAGGAGGAGGAGAUGGAGGGUUCAGGAGCCAGCGGCAAUGAAGAGGAGGCCCCUGAAGAUGGAGAAGGUGGAGCCAACAACAGCUCUGACACGGAGAGCCUGCCCUCGCCACACUCAUCAGAGGACAGCAAGGCUAAGGAGGAAGGCUCGGGCAGGUCAAAGGCCAGCUCCACCGCAGGGGACAAGGAGGCAGCCGGGUCAGACAUGGGCCAGGCAGGGGAUGAGAAACCUCCAGUCAAGGAAGAUGCAGAAUCAGCCAUAAAACAGGAGAUAAAGACUGAGACAGGGGAGCCCAGCAAAGAGCAGUCGACACCACCCAGUGAUGCCACAGAUAAAAAACCUCCCACAGUAGAGAUGGAGGAAGUCAAAAGCUCCACUAAGAGCUCCAAGAAGGACCACGGGCCCAAAACAGGUUCACAUGGGGACAGUGACUCUAGUGCCACUUGCAGCGCUGAUGAAGUGGAAGAGACAGACAACACAGACAAGAACCGAAUGACUUCUCCACGGCCAAGUCUACUGAACUAUGCUCACGAUGGCGUGAUAUCCUCCCCGCUGCAGAAGCCCAUGGACCUGAAACAGCUUAAACAGAGGGCUGCUGCUAUACCACCUAUUAUACCAGAAGCCUCCAUGCAGGGCGGUCAGCGAAGUGUAGGUGGCAAGGCAGUGCUGCCCCCCCAUGCCCUGGCAUUGUACCAGCAGCAGAUCACCAUGGCUCAUGGGGAGUCCUCUCAGGAGGUCAAAAUGCAGCAGCAGCAACAGCAGCAGCAGCUUUCGGGCCAGCCAGGCAAACAGCAGGCUUACACGUCACAGGCAGACAGAGACAGGGAGGCUCUUCACAGCAGCAGUCCUCGUAUUCGCCCGCGCAGCCCCUCCACCAGCGACAAGGAUGAGCUGGAAGGCAACGAGAGGUGGUUACUGACCCUCCUGCAGGGAUUAAAAAAGUCGCGGGCUUUCUCUCCGCACAGUGAAGCCAAGAAGCAGGCACUGGGCCCUGACGAUCUGAGGACCUCCAACUUGGGUCGACCAGCUCUCUCACCGUACCCCAUGUCCCCACGAGACAUGGCCAAGAUCAGUCACGACCAGCAUGUGCUCCACUUCAACUCGUUCCAGCAAACAGGCCAUCCGUCACUCUCUAGUCUGCCACAGGACAGUGGAAGGCUAGCAGCAGUGAGGCCGAUGCCAGAGCCUCCGCCACUCAUUUCCUCCAGCAAGCCAGGAGGCUCCAUCACACAGGGCACCCCAGUGCAGUUGCACAGCCCAGCUCAUGGGUUGGACCACGGGAAGAUGACCCCCACACAGAUGGGGUUGUCUUGGAUGGAUCAGAGGAAAGUGGCAGGCCCAUUCCCUGUGGUAAAGCAGGAACAGUUGUCCCCUCGCAGCUCGUCCUCUCAAGCUGACAACCUGUCAACCCAGGGGUCGCCUCAUGAUAGUGUUUCUGGGCGUGGUUCUAUUCCAGCUGUUCAGGGGGGUAGUAUCACGAAGGGCAUCCCAGGGACCAGAAUGCAUCCAGAUUCGUCAAUCUCUUACAGAGGGGGCUCCAUUACUCAGGGGACACCGGCUGAUGUGCUGUAUAAGGGAACUAUAACCCGUCUGAUCACAGAGGACAGCGCCAGCCGAGCUGAGAGGGAACGGGAUGAGGCACUGUCUAAAGCCCAUGUGCUCUAUGAGGGCAUCAGUGGGCACAUUCUCACAUAUGACCGCCCAGCUUCUCAGAACCCUAAAGAUGAAGGUCGAGGCCCCGGGCAGUCUGGGGAAAUUCUCGGCCUAAAGCGUCCAUAUGACAUUAUGGAGGGAGGCAUCUCUAGAGGACUGCCUAUGAGGGAUUCACUGUCUGCUGCCAACUGUGAAGGUCUGAUUGGUCGAGCCAUGCCUCAUGAUAGGGACAGUCCGCACCACACACCUUACAAGGAUGCUCAUCACAUCCGUGGCUCUAUCUCUCAAGGUAUACCUCGUCAUCUGGACCCUCAGGAUGGCUACCUUAGGAGAGAGCCUAAGCAGAUGAAGAGAGAGGGUUCUCCACCCCGUGGGCCCGGUUCACUUUCUGACCCAGUGAAGGGCAGAGAGGCCAUGGUGCCAACGGUGAAGGAGGCUGGGCGCUCCAUCCACCUCAUUCCCAGGGAGGAGCUCAGACAGCCUGGCAAGGAGGGCAUCAUAGCACAGGGAACACCCAUGAAGCAGGAGGCUGCUGGUUCAGGGAAACGUCAUGAUGUCCGCUCCAUCAUAGCCAGUUCACCACGUUCCUACCACAAUCCACCCUCCCACAUGGAGAUGCGUGCUGAGAGGGGCCGCUAUGAAGAGACACCAAAAGGGCGGCCCAGUGCAGUGGUCAGCACUGCUAGCCCCAUGGCCCGCUCUUCCCCCCUUACACUGGGGUCAGAGCAGGGAGGUAAGGCCCAUCAUAGUCCAGUGGGCUACGAGGACAAAGGCGCCUUAAGGAACCCUUACCCUGGGCCUUCGCAUCGUGGCUCCCCUCUGUCCAGGGAGGCAAGCCAAAGGCAGCAUGAUGGUUCCAGUAAGAAUCCGCCUCAGGAGCGUAAAGCCACACCAACCCCCAGGGAAAUGAGUGCCACCAAAUCACCACUCCCAGGUGUUCCAGAUCAACAGACCUAUGAGCGUCUGCUGCAGGGUCUUGGGGCUGCAGACGUGUACCGUCAGAUCCCCUUAGCCUUUGAUCCUGCGGCGUUGCCCCGUGGCAUCCCCAUUGAACCAGCGGCCUACUACUUGCCUCGCCACCUAGCGCCCAACCCGGCAUACCCUCAUCCCUACCCCUACCUCAUCCGCGGCUUUCCCGACACUGCAGCCCUGGAUAACCGCCAGACGCUGCUAAAUGACUACAUCACGUCCCAGCAGAUGCACCAGUGGCCUGCAGCUGCUGCAAUGGCCGCCCAGCGCUCAGACCUGCUGAGGGGCCUUACUCCACGAGACCAGCCCCUUCCUAUGCCCUACUCUGCAGCCCCACGUGGGAUCAUCGAUCUUUCUCAGGUGCCACACUUACCUGUCCUGGUCCCUCCCUCUGCAGGGGCAGCCGGCUCCACAAUGGAUCGCAUCACCUACAUCCCGGGGGGAAGCACCACCUUCCCUGGCAGGCCUUACACCACCUCCCCCAUCUCACCUGUUGGGUCCUCGCACAUAAACAAAAUGCAAGGCGCAUCCUCAGAGCGCGAGCGUGAAAGAGACCGUGAACGUGACAGAGAGAGGGAGAGGGACCGGGAGAGAGACAGGGAGCGGGAGAGAGAGAGGGAGCGUGAACGCGACCGAGAGAGAGACCGGGAAAGAGAACGGGAGAGAGACCGUGAAAGGGAAAGGGACCGGGACAGAGAGAGAGACAGAGACAGAGACCGAGAGCGUGACAGAGAGAAGGGCGGGUCUCUUGGAAACGUGGAGCAUGCCCCCAUCUGGCGACCAGGUACAGAGCACAGCUUGGCAAGCAGUAGUAACAGUAGUGUGAGACCUUCCUCCCAGCCGUAUAGCCACCAGCACUCCCCAGUGUCCCCUCGCACCCAGGAGAACGUGCAGCAGAGGCCAAGCGUCCUGCACAACACUGGGGGCAAGAGCCUUUCUGUCAGCGAACACUCCAGCUCAUCCGUGUUUCGGUCCAUGACCUCAGGGCAGGCCCGCUACCAAGGUUACCCUGGCCACCUCCAAAGGACAGGUGUGCCCCCUGAGGCCUACCCACCUGCCAUGGACUCAAGGGUAGCCAAAGAGCAGAGUGGCGACGGAGGCAAAAACAGGGGCGGUCUACCCAAGCACGUGCAGGACCACGGGCCUUCCAGUAAAUCUGACCCCAAGCUGUCCUGCCCCAGCCCAGGAGGAAUGUACCCUGGUUCCUACCCCUCGGUUUCAGGUCGGCCCCAGCACCUGCUGCCUCCCCAGUCGGAUAUCCCUCCUGGCCGUGGAGAAAGCGGUACACCUAGUAGGGAAAAGACUCAAAACAAACCGAUGUCCAUUCAGGAACAAGAGCUCCGAGCACUCGCUCAACAGAAGAUGGAGCCACACAGUCUGUACCGUCCUCCGUCUGAGGAGAGACUGUCUCCAGGCCAACAGCCCCCAUCCCCCUGUGUUAAAGGCAGCCAGAGGGUGGUCACCCUGGCACAGCACAUCAGUGAGGUGAUAACUAAAGACUACACCAGGCAGAGCCAGCAGCAACAGCAAAGCUACCACGGCUCUCCUGUCCUGGACUUGACCCGUCCACCCAGUGCCUCCCAGCCCCCACCCACCUCACAGGAGUCUGCGCAAGGGUCCCGAUAUCAAGAGGGCCUCAGUGGGGAACGCAACAGAGACCGGUCUCCUCCUCAGGCAAAGACAUCACCUGUCAGUGUGUCAAAUGACGGCAUUGAACCAGUGUCUCCUGCUGGGGCCGGCUCUGAACCCGAGGUCCAGGGAGGGGCCUCCUACUCCAGCGAGCAGGGAGAGCAAGGAAUGGGCUCAUGCUCCCCUCCCAAUGCCUCUCAGCCUCCAGCUUUCUUCACAAAGUUGACUGAGAGCACCUCCGCUAUCGUGAGGUCAAAGAAACAAGAGAUGAUCAAGAAGUUGACAGUGGUGGGAAAUGAGGGUGAUUUCAAUGCUGGUCAGCCAGGAACAGAGAUUUUCAAUAUGCCGGCGUCUACAACUGCAGGACCUGUGAGUGUCCGCUGCCACCCAGCUCCAGAGACACCUGGUAACUCAAUAGGCCUGGAGGCCAUCAUAAGGAAGGCCUUAAUGGGCAAAUACGAUGAGUCUGAGGAACGCUCUCCAUCCAACGCUGCGAACCCGAUAGCUGCUGCUGUGUCUGCUGGUAUGCCUGUAGCUGACGGACGUGUUGAAGACUUUUUCUCACAAGGUGGGGGGAAGUCCUCAAAGGGCAGCGGGCGCUCUAAUGGGCGGAAGGCCAAAUCUCCAGGACCAGGUCUGUCAGGGGGCGAGAGACCGUCCUCUGUAUCCUCAGUCCACUCUGAGGGAGACUGCAACAGAAGGACUCCUCUUACCAACCGUGUCUGGGAGGAUCGGCCUUCAUCCACAGGUUCAACUCCAACUCCCUUCCCCUGUAACCCGCUGAUCAUGCGUUUCCCCAGUGGGACGGUGUCCGCUCCCUCCCCCUCUUCUGGCCAGCUGGGAGGCCAGGGCCAGGGGCCAGGACCUGGGCAGGGCCGGUCCUGGGAGGAGGAGCCCAAGCCUCUUCUCAUGUCUCAGUACGAGACACUGUCUGACAGCGAGUGACCCAGAAAUCUGUCGUACCACAAGACCCGCUAACAGUCAACCAACUCUGUGCUGCUGCAGCCACACACACACACACACACCUGCUGAGGCAUCUGCAAACCUACCCACACCAUUCCACUCUGCAUUUCCUCCGUCAGUUUUCAAGCAAGGAUUGUGUCCUCCUCCUUUCACACACCUGAGACGCCAAGCAACAACGAGCUGAGACACUGCUGCUCCGUGUGUGCGUGUGUGUAUGUUUGCACUUACGUGUUAUGCAUUCACUCCAGGACUACUCUAAAGGACAAAUCACUUUUUUUCUGUUUGUUUUUCUUUUCUUUCUUUUUUUUUUAACUUUACUACUUUUCCUCACUGGCCUUAUCAAUAUAGACACAUUGAUCUGCACCUUUGGGUGUACCGCUCUAAUGUGCUGACACUUAUGUAGAAGGGACUCUGAGGUCGUGUUGCUGGUCCGGUCAGGAGCCUGAUGACGGCUGCUUGAGUGACAGAUUUUGACCACAGAUCUGACCUGAGAGCAGCAGCCCUGCACAGCGAGGACCCUCUCACGUUUCUACACGGUGAACUCCAGGUGCAGACGGCCUGAGCACUGCUACCACUACAAGAACACGUGCAAAGCAACGGGAGGAGAAUCAACAUCUUGUUUUUUUUUUUUCUUGUUUCGGUUCUUUAUUUUGCUCCUUUAAAUUCAGUCAGUCCAGUCCUGUGUUUGGAACGUGAGCUGAGACCUUUAGUACAUUUUGAUGGUGAACUUUUGAUGGUGUCAUUUGUUGUCUAUUAUCUGCAAUGAUGUAUCUUUUUUGGGGCAGGGGCAGGGGCCAGAGAUUGUUAUGCGGGAGGGUCAUAUCAUUGGUUUACAGGGUAAACAUGCUGUUCAUUGCUGAUGUCGUCAUAUAUUGGGGUGGGGGGUGGGGGCGGGGGCGGGGGUUCCUGAGGAAAGGCAAAGGCCUGUUGACUUCAGGCAUCCAUGUGAGGAGAGAGAUGAUUUGCCAGAUGGAUGGCACUGAAACAAGUGACACUUUCUCACUGUUUUUAUAUUAACCAUGUCUGUGUUUGUUGAAACAGUUUUUGGAUAUUAAGCACUUAGUUGUCAGUCUGUUCACAAUGGCAUUUUUAAGAAUCUGUGUUUCCUGGGGCAGGUUGAAAAAUGGACUCAAGAACAGCAUAGAAAUCCCACUGUGGAGGUAUCCUUUAACACCUAUCUGUUUAUUUUGGUCUUGCCACCGAUAUUCUUUAUGGCUCCCACACUCAAAGCGACAAUCACAUUUUAGUGAACGACGACUAAGCCGCUUCGAGCAGGUGCAGACCAACCUUAAAGCUGCUUAAAGGCAAACUCCUCAGCAUUACAUGGAGUUUGCUCGCAUUGAAGAGGUGACACAAAAAAGCCAUCUUUCUAUGACCCUUGGUCCAUGGCGGUGUCAGCUUCAGCUGGCCCGCUAGAAUCCCGUCUAGGAGCUGUUGUGACGGCCUGACCUCUGACCUUUUACUGCCUAGAGGAGGAGCUGAGACCCAACUUCUCAUCCAGGCAGAUUUUGUACAGUUAUGAGAUAUUCCUAGUGUUAAGUGCCAUUUAUUUUACAUAUACAGUACUGAAGUUACCAAGUGACGCACAACUUUUCUUUUAGCCCCCCAUGACAGGGUUUAUACUGUCCACGCAGGGAAAUCUGAAAACAAAACAGCAAACGAAACGUCCUCUUUUUUUAAAGAAAAAAAAUUGUGUGCAUUUUUUCUUCUUUUUUUUUCAAAUCCAUCACAGCCUUAGCUUUUAACUUUUUCACUCAUUAGAUUUAUCUUCAAACCAAGCUGUGUCACAGGGCAGCUUAGCUGGGCCUGCAUCAAACAUUCUCUCCACUUUGACAUACUUCAAGUGUACUUCAUUACACCCCUGUGUUUGUACUGGUCGGAGGAAGUCGAGGGUAAGGCAUCGGAAAGCAUUCUGGUAGUUUUAUGUAACAUUAGUUGACAUGUUCUCACAGUUUACUGCAGUAUUUUAAAGGUCACCCUCUCUGUAAAUGAUGUGAAAUGUGUCCGGCUUUUGGCUCUGUGCAACCAGGGACGAAUUCUGUCCUCUGACUGAACACUCUGAAGCGAUGGCAGUGAGAUUGUUUAAUGGUUUAGAAAGAAUUACCUCUCUAUCUUCAUUUAGUCACAGUGGAUUCUCACAAACAUGACUGUUAUAGGACUACCUCCUCUCCCUCCUUCAUCCUACCUGUCAGUGCUGAAGCAUCCAGCAUGCCACAUCUGCAGAAAGCUCAGCUAUGUCUGAUGUUUUUUUUGUUUUUUUAAAUCAUGGCUGAUGGAGGGUUUGUAAUUUCAUCAGGAAACGGCAGAAAUACAGCCAGGCUUUGUACAUUGGUCUCUCUGCGUGUAUAUCAUUUACCACUGAUGAUAUUUAAGAAUGUGACGGUAAACAGACUAAGCCAUAUCCAGCUGUUCCCUAAACCGAUGAUGGACUAAUGUGUUGUUUUUAAAAGUAUACUGAAAUGAAUUUUAACAUGCAUCCAUUUUUGUUAAGAGUUUGUUUUGAUUUCAAUCGUGUCACAAAUCUCAAAAUAAUCAUUCAAAAACAUGAAAAGACAAAGUUGAUUUCUGAUGUGUUCCCUGGACUGUCAAAGGGGGGAGGGAUGGGGGGAAUUGACAUAAACAGUACAUUGUUCAACCAUUUUGUGCAUAAUGAUUUUUUUUUUAUUAUAACCCACUGUAUAAUAGCAAGGAUUGUAUAUAAAACUGAAGAGAUGUAAAUAUUUAUGUGGCUUGCUUCAAGGUUGGUAUUACAAAAAAAAUAAAUAAAAGAAAAGAAAUAUUCACAUGGUUAAAAUUCUACAUGCCCACCAGCAAGCUUUGUGGAUAGCAGUGUAAAAAUGAAAAACAAAAAAGACACUGCCUUAAUGUUUAAAUAAAAAGCUUAUUGCCAUU